AUGCUAUCUGCAAAGCUUUCUCGGCAUUUGAUGCCCGUUGUGUUUGUGAUGACAACUGCCCGUCUUACGAGGAACCUGUGUGUUCAUCUAACUCGACAACAUUCAAGAACAAGUGCCUCUGUUUGCUGGACAUUUGCCAACACAAAAGUAAUCACACCCUCUACCAUCCAGGCAGCUGUACAGGUAAGGUUCCCAGGCUAUCAAGAGCGUGUUAAUUGCUUGUGUCGUGCUAAAAACGUACAAGCUCUUAAAGUAGGGGCCUUGUUCGACUGCUUUAGCAAAUAAGAAACACGUAGCAGCUGUAGGGACAGAGCGUACCAUUUUAUGUCCUUUUAGUGGAAGCCCUUGCGUACACGAAACAUGUGCAGCGGAAUACCACGAGUAACAAAAUUUGGUCAUCUAUUUUGGCAUCCGAGAAAAUUUGGAAAUUAUUUGACCAUUCGCCCGUCCACCUGUCCGUCCACCCCGGCGUCCGUCCGCACCACAGGGAAACUAGUGUGAAAUGUCACUUUCUAGCACGUGAGACAACCUGUAACCUGUGUUGAACUGAAUUUAAGACUUUUAAGUUAAGCUUAAUUGAGAGCUCUCAAAACAGGGUAGCCACUGAAGGGUAUUUAAUAACCGUAUCGUGGGGUCAGAUAACAACUCUUCUAGGUCACAGUUAUUAGCUGUAAUUUGAUUGCAGACUCAAGUCCAACUCUUUUUUUCUAAGAGAGAUGAAUUCCCUCGGAAGCCUUUUUCAAGGUCCAAGUAUUUACCGUUGCUACAUAUUAACGACAGCUUUGCUUUCAGCUCUGGCUAAAUCUGUAUAUUAGUAUACCUUAAUAAUGCUUUCAUACUGGCAAUACCAGUGUUUCCUCUAAGUCCCACUUCCUCCGGUCACCGGUACGAUUAUAGCUUUAUUUUACUCCCUUAAUUACACAUAGAAAGGAAAUAGUGUUUUACGUUUCAUAUCUUUCUUCGUUAGCUAUUGGCUCACUUAUCAAUACAUCGCUAUGUAAUACCAGCGUAGUUACAAUUGUCGUUUUGUUCUUUUAAUCUACAGUUUUGUCAUUCCCUUAUUCAUGGCUGUGUUUCUGUCUCUAGGCUUUCCUGUCCAGACCGGGCGAGUUUUGAUGAAAAGACAUGUACAGUGGGCAGAAACGGCCUGUGAAGUAGUGAAAUUUCCACCGUUUUCGUUCUAUCCCGACGAACAAGUGCACGUACAAAUAACGACGAAUCACUGGAACAUAAGCAGGAAAAAUUAUAUACAUGAUGCUACCGUUUCCUGGGCACAAAUAGUCAACUACGAGAGUUUUGAGGUCAAUAUUUAGACGAUUCAUUUCAGCUUGUUCCUAACGCGCCGGUACAAAAUUUAAGCGCUGGUAGUUUGUGACCUCUGUAGUCAUAAGUGUUGCCGUUUUUCUCGCAUUUUUUUUUUAUUUCCAAAGAGGAAUCUCAGUUAAUCGUCAGUCGAUCUCAACACUUGAUAGGUCAAACAAUUUUAAUCCUCUGUAUUUAAACAAAUAUAUAUAAAUGUCCUUGUUUGCUUCGUGAUAGCUGGGAUGAAGACCCUCUCGCUGUCGGUUUCAUGUCACUUGGGUUUUUAAAUCCAAAUCAGCGCUUAGUCCUUAUCACCUCAGAAAAGUGCAAAACCCUUUUUAAAAAACAUCGCUUUUUCUUCCACAACUGAUUCACUCGCUUUCUCAGUAAAUUUACCUGCCCGGUAAAUAGAUUACUGACAGAAAUAUGCGUUGGGUAAUUAUUGGGAGGUCUUCAAAAUAACUUGGAGUCUCCAUUUUUAAGGUCAGUAGUUAUGGCUAACUAGUAAAGUCUUUGUUGACCAUGUACAUUUUUUAAUUCCUAAAUUCACCAAUGAUCAUUAGUGAUUGCGAGAUCGUAUCUCAACAUGCCAUAUAAUCAUUAGCCAUUCGGCAUCUAAUCUUUAGGUGUGCGUGACUGCAGCAGGAAGAAAUGAUCGCUUUAUCAAAGAAUUUGCCACGGUGGACUGGAUGGCCUACCAAGGUGCUCCUGAUGGAGGUGUGGCGGGUAAAACACGCAUUUCAGAAUGGUGGACUGGAACACAGUGCUCAAAAGUCAACCUUCCACAGGCAAAUAAACGUUAUGUUUUCUUGAAAUAG